AUGUUCGGUAUCUUUGCCGAUCUGCUAUCUUCCGUCAUCACCAUCCUGUUCCCGGCCUUCGCGUCCUACAAAGCCAUCCGCUCUGCCGAUCCCGCCCAGCUCAAGCCAUGGCUGAUGUAUUGGGUCGUCCUGUCGGGCAUCCUGCUGGCUGAGUCGUGGACGGUGUUCAUCAUCGGAUGGCUUCCUUUCUACAGUUGGAUCCGCCUCUUCUUCCUCGCCUACCUUGUCCUUCCGCAGACCCAAGGGGCACGGAUCAUCUACCAGGAGCACGUGGAACCCUUCUUUGAGCAUCAUGAGCGCGAGAUCGAAGAGCUGAUCGGCCGCACUCACGAGCGGGCCAAGGCCCUCGGUCUUCAAUACUUCUUCAAGGCGGUCGAUUGGAUCCGAGAGAAGAUCUUGGGCCUGCCCCCUCAGCGACCGGCGACCGCCGCACCACCCCCUGCAACCGGACCGGCCACCUAUGCGCAGGCGCUUCUUUCGCGCUUCAACCUGCCUACGACUACGGGCGGCAAUCUUCCUUCCACGGGAUCGGACUGGUACUCCAUCCUCGCCUCUGCGGUGACCUCCGUCACAUCUACGGGAAAGAGUCGUGAUGCACAGGCCGAGGAGCUCUCUGCCAGCGGCAUCCUGCAGCCGGAGAAGGUGGCUUCUCUGUCCCGAGCCGAGAAGGCCAAGUUCUACUCGUCUCAGCGGGAGCGACUGGAGGUGCUCAUCUCGGCCCUGGCGAAAGAAGAAGGCAAGCUGCGUGCGGAUGAGGGCGCGAAUGACGACCUCGCGUACGGCUCCUUUGAGGGGCUACGGAAGAAUAUGAGCGAGAACUCCUUUGACCACAUCCAGCAUGAGGAUGUGGGCGGGCCACUGCCCAUGAAUCCUCCCAAGCGAUCCAGCGAAGGGUGGACGAGUGGCUGGUUUGGCGGUGGGAGUGCGAAACGGACGACGUCCAGUAGUUCGUCCGGGGCGGAGUUUGCAGCGCGGGCGGUCGACGAGAUUGCCCGGGCUUCGGGGGUCGAUCGAUAG